AUGGGGAUAUUUAGAUCAGAGACGAUGAAGCAUGGGACGCUGGUUCUGCCAGCAGAUCGAGCUAGGGAAUACAUGGAUUGUUUGGGAAAACAAGUAGAUAUUCAAUUUAUAGAUAUGAAUGAAAAAACGAUGAAAAGACAAUAUAAAAAAUAUAUACAGCGUAUAGAUGAUAUGGAAAGAAUACUUCGAUUUUUAGAAGAAAAUAUAAAUAAAUUACCAAAUGUGAAAAUAAAAAAAAGUAAAAUUGAAAAUUUUUUAGAACAUGAUAAUAUAUAUGAACUAGAUCAAGUAGAAGAAUCAUUAAAUAGAUUACAUGUACAAUUUGUUCGUUUUUGUAAUAAUAAUAAAGAUUUGAUAGAUGAAAGAAAUAGUGCAAUAGAAGAAAAACAUGUUAUAUUAACAGCAUUAAAUCAGUUACAUCCAGAUAUGUCAAAACGUUCAAAUUUAAGAACUAUGCAUGAUGAUAAUAUUGAUGAAAAUAAUCUUAUGAACAAUUCAGAAGAAGAUGCAGCAUUAUCUACACAUAUUAUGCGAGAAGGAAUAAAUAUGAUGUUUACUAACAUUUCUGGAGUGAUUAAAACUAAAGAUCAAGAAAGUUUUAGUAGAACUAUUUUUAGAGCAUUAAGAGGUAAUACAUAUACUUAUUUUCAAAAUAUCGAUGAAAAUAUGAACAGUACAGGUACAUUAAAUAAUGAGAAUAAUUCUAUAGAUAGUAAAAUAGGCGAAAAUAAUAAUAAUAAUAAUGAAAAUAAAGAAAAUAACAGUGAAUUGAAAAGUGUAUUUGUUGUAUAUUGUCACGGAUCAACACAUAGUAGCAUUUAUGAAAAAAUAAUGAAAAUAUGUAAAGCUUAUGAUGUAAGAAAUUAUGAAUGGCCUAAAACAUAUGAGCAAGCAAAUAAAAGAUUAAAUGAAUUAAAGGAAAUAAUUAAUGAUAAAGAAAAAGCUUUAAAAGCAUAUGAAGAAUAUUUCAUAAAUGAGAUAUUUGUAUUAAUAAAUGUUGUAGAACCAAAUAAAAAUAGUUUAAUAGAAGAAUGGAAAUUAUUUUGUAAAAAAGAAAGGCAUAUAUAUAAUAAUUUAAACUAUUUUGAAGGAAGCGAUAUAACAUUACGUUGUGAUUGUUGGUAUAGUGCAAAUGAUGAAGAAAAAAUACGUCAUAUAUUAAUGAAUAAAUCAUCUAAUGAUUUGGUUUCUGCAUUAUUACUAUCAGAUAAAUUAUUAACACCAAAUAUAUCUCCACCAACUUAUAUUAAAACAAAUGAAUUUACAAGUACUUACCAAUCAAUGGUAGAUACAUAUGGUAUUCCAAGAUAUGGUGAGAUAAACCCAGCAAUAUCUACAAUAGUUACCUUUCCAUUUUUAUUUGGAAUCAUGUAUGGUGAUGUUGGGCAUGGAAUUUGUAUAUUUUUAUUUGCAUUAUUUUUGAUAAUUGUUCAUAAUAGAAUGAAGAAUAAAGAUAAUAGUAGUAGUUCUAGUGGGAAUGGUGAUGAAAAUAAUAAUGAGAUGUUAAAUAUGUUAUUUAAUGGUAGAUAUAUGUUACUAUUAAUGGGUUUUUUUGCUGUAUAUGCAGGUUUGUUAUAUAAUGAUUUUUUUUCUAUGCCUUUGAAUCUGUUUACAUCUAUGUUUGAAGUAGAUAAAGUAGUAGAUUCUGUGGAAUAUUAUAAAAGAAAACAGAUUUUAAAUGCUGAAACAGGUCAAAUGGAAAAUGCACCACCUUAUAUUUUUGGAUUUGAUUCUAAAUGGUUAGGAGCAGAUAAUGAAUUAACAUAUAUAAAUUCUUUUAAAAUGAAAUUUUCGAUUAUUAUUGGUUUUUUUCAUAUGACAUUUGGUGUUAUAAUAAAAGGGUUUAAUGCAUUAUAUUUUAAAAAAAAAAUGGAUUUUUUUUUUGAAUUUUUGCCACAACUUGUUAUGAUGUUAUCAAUGAUUGGGUAUCUUGUUUUUUUAAUUAUAUAUAAAUGGAUAACCCCGAUAGGAUAUGGUGGAUAUAAAAAACAAGGAAUUAUUAACACAAUUAUUAAUAUGUAUUUAUUAAAAGAGAUUAAUCAAGAUAAUAAAUUUUAUGAACACCAAGAAGUUGUACAGAUUAUAAUAAUUACAUUGUUUGCUUUAUGUAUACCUAUUAUGCUUAUUUGUAAACCCGCGAUAAAAACAUAUAAAAUUAUUAAAGACAAAAAAAAAAGAAUGGCAAUACAUUAUCAAGCAGUAGAAAAAGAAAUGACAAAUCAAUUUGUUGGUGUUGGAGGUGAUGAAAAAAAUUUGAUUUAUUCUUAUGGAAAUAAUUCAAUGCAUAAACGUGUUACAAAAAUAGGAUAUGAUAACAAUAAUAAUAAUAAUAUUGGUGCAGAAAAUGAAGAUGAAUAUUUAUUAUUGAAAAGAAGAGGAAAAAAAACAGAUGAUGAAAUGGAAGCACAUCUAUUAGGUCCAUCAUCUUAUCAUUCAUCAAGUGCAUCUAACACGAAUCAGACAUUUGAUGAACAUGAAGAAAAUAUAUCAGAAAUAUGGAUAGAACAACUAAUAGAAACUAUCGAAUUUAUAUUAGGACUUAUAAGUAACACUGCUUCAUAUUUAAGAUUAUGGGCAUUAUCAUUAGCACAUCAACAAUUAUCUUUAGUUUUUUUUGAACAAACUAUAUUAAGUUCAUUAGAAAAAAAUACAUUUAUUGGUGUAGUUAUAAGUUUAAUCAUAUUUUCACAACUAUUUUCAAUACUUACUAUAGCAGUUAUAUUAUGUAUGGAUACGUUAGAAUGUUUUCUUCAUUCUUUAAGAUUGCAAUGGGUUGAAUUUCAAAAUAAAUUUUACAAAGGAGAUGGAAUACCAUUUAAACCUUUUAACAUUAAGAAGCUUCUUUCAGAUAGAGAAUAA